AUGGUGGUUGCUGUAACCGGCCCAGAACGGGACCCCAAAUACUUCUCCCUGCACCAGCACGUUGAGCUCCGAGAUAGCCGUCUUGGCGGGAUGGGUCUUUUCGCAACGGCAGGGAUCAAGGAAGGGGAGGUGAUAUGGAGCGAUGACACGUACAAUGCGGACAAGUACCUGCAUACCCUUCCAGAGAUCAAGUCCUGGCCCUCGGAACGCCAGCGCGAGUUCAUGCACUAUGCGUACCAGAUCGAAGAGGAGACGUUUGCGGGAGUGGGGAGCUUGGAGAUCGUGCGCAGCGACGCUUCGAAUUACAUGAACCACAGCUGUGAUCCGAAUUGCUGGUUUCUUACGGAGGACCCCGCUCGCAUGCUCGCGCGCCGCGCCAUGAAGGCCGGAGAGGAGAUUACAUUCGACUACGCCACCUCCGAGACGACCGACUUCAGGUAUCAGAUCUCGGGCUGGGAAUCCUGCCUCUGUGGCUCCAAAAACUGCCGCGGCAAGCUGUUGGGCAGCGAUUAUCAGCGGCCGGACGUCCGGAAACGCUAUGAGGGCCACUUCAUGCCGUACGUCCAACGCCUUAUAGAACGCGGCGCGGCCGCGGGGGAAGAGGACAAGCUUUAG